AUGAUGCUGAUGUCGGUGGGUAAUGCUGAGGAGACAAUCAAAUAUUCGGAAUUUGCUAAGGGAAACGACUUUGAGGAUUCCCAUUUUGAUGAUUUUUCUGAUGAUGAUGAUAUCAUCUGUUUGGACGUCGAUGAUGCUCCUGGUUGUUCAAUUCCGAAGCAAGUGAAUGUGUCAGAAAUCGUCCGGAUGUAUUUAAACGAUCGCUGCUGCAAUUCCCCUGGUUGUUCAGGAGUACUCCAGCUAGUAGAGAAACUAAAGAAGGGUAUGCAAGGUAUGGGAGAACGAAACGAAAGGCUUCGUGAAGGGAUCAGUGAUAGUCACUUAGAAAUGGAAAGGAUUUUGGAAGAGAAUUCUGAGCUGAAGGUAAAAAUGUCAAGAGCAGAUGCUAUAAUUAAUUCUCAGAAACUGACUAUUCAGGAGUUGGAACUCCAUUUAAGUGAACUUCAGAGUCCUAUACUGGAUUAUCCUUCGGAAUGUCUCAACUCAAAAUUUAGUGGUCCCACUGAUCUAACUUUGGAAAUUAAUACAGAGCCGUCUGAUUUUCUUCUAACGAGGAAAGUGCAAGGUGUUAUAAAAUAUUCUGCGGUCAAUGAACGUCGUCCGAAGAGCGUGAAAGUAUAUUGCUAUCUGGAGAGCGCGAGUAAGGUGUUUCAUUGGACAUCAAGUACGACAUAUGCAUUUGCUGGUUCUACUAAGAUGAAAUUCGAUAUAGUAUUCUCCAAAGAUCAGGAGAUUGCUGCAUACGAUCGUAUAGUAGUAUUUGCAUUCGCAGUUGUUGACGCUGAUAAGUUCGUAACAGAACGCGUAAUUCUUAAUCUUGGUCAACAAGCUCGUUAUGUGAAAGACUCAGCUGUACGCAUCAGUAUUCCAGAGCUGCGUCGACAGUCUCCUGCCGAACCUAUGGAGACAGAGUAUAUGUCGUCAGUAAAAGUGAAAACAACUAACACCAAUUCUCACACCAUUGAAUCAAAUUUCGAGAUGGUCAACCUUUACCCAGCUGCAAUCGAAAGUGAUGAAGAAAUCACAACCGACGAAAGUGGAGAUGACGAAAAUGCAGACGACGUUGAGGCCGUAACUGUGGUGAAAAAGAAGAAAGUUUUUGGUGCAGCAACGGAAUAUUUACGUAACGGAGUUCCAUCAACUCUGGAAGAUAAAAUAGCAGCAGUACGCAAAAGUAAACACACAGCCAAAGAAGUUGAAGUGGAGAUGAAAAAUGAUAACGAUGAAGUUGAGCAAUUGGGAGGAAAAGAAGCAAAAGAUCAAAUUCGUGACAAGAAGAAAAUGGGUAAAAGAAGCAGACUGAAACAGGAUGAUUUCUUCGAGGAGACCAUGAAUGUUGCUGAUACAAUCACCUUCGAACAAAUGCAUUUAUCUCGUCCAAUGUUAAAGGCAAUCGCAGCAGCUGGGUAUUCCGAACCGACUCCGAUCCAAGCUGCAUGUAUACCGGUUGCUCUUUGUGGAAAGGACAUUUGUGCGUGUGCAGCAACAGGAACUGGAAAAACAGCUGCAUUUGUGCUACCUAUAUUAGAAAGACUUCUAUAUCGACCAAGCGGACGUCUGUGUACCCGAAUUCUGGUCCUCGUUCCAACCAGAGAGCUUGCUAUUCAAGUGUUUCAGGCAGGUUCUUUUUCUUCUUACAGUGGAGGAUUAUUUGUGUUUCGCAAGCUGUCCACGUAUUCUCAGGUAGAGGUGUGCUUAUGUGCAGGUUAG